AGCGUUAAAAAAGAAAAAAAAAAAGAUCGGCGUCGACCGUCGGAGACCCGGGCAAAAAUUUGAGGAGUCAAUGCCAGCCAAGAGGCAUUCGCCGCGAUUUCAAGAGCAGCCACUGCGAAACUGUUUCUUGCUCCGCGUUUGCUUCGUGGCGUGAACGGCAGCGGACGACGACAGCGUCGCACCGUCCGGACGCAGCUGCAGACGGGGAGAACUUACCGCACGCGGCGUGGCCUCCUCUGAGAGAAGACGCUACACGGUCACGACAGGGUAGUGACAGUACCUCGGACCAUGUCCAAGAAGAAAGUUUGCGUUGUGGGCGCUGGCUCGAGCGGCCUGACGUGUGCGCGCCAGAUGCUCGACUACGGCUUCGACGUGGUGCUGUACGAGCGGUCCUCAGACUUGGGAGGCCUCUGGGCGUACCAUGACGAUGACGUCGAGGGACAAGCGUCCGUCAUGCGAACCACAAUCAUCAACACCAGCAAAGAGAUGAGCGCCUUCAGUGACUUCCCUCCAUCAAAGGACCUCCCCAACUAUAUGCACAACACGAAAAUGCUGGGCUACUUCCGGAGCUACGCCGACCACUUCGGCGUCACCAAACACGUGAAGACGAGGCACGACGUGGUGCAGGUGACGCCAGCUGCCGACUACGAGAAGACAGGCCGCUGGGACGUGAUCGUCAGAGACCUGGAGACGAACACCGACCGCACGGAGACGUUCGACGCCGUGGCCGUGUGCGUGGGUCAUCACGUGUAUCCGAACGUGCCGCAGUUCAAGGGCCAGGAGAAGUUCCGCGGCCGUAUCGUGCACACGCACAGCCUGAAGAACGCCGACAGUUUCCGCAAUCACCGAGUGGCCGUGGUGGGCAUCGGCAAUUCGGCGGUCGACGCUGUCGUCGACGUCAGCUACGUUGCCAUUGAGACGUACCUAUCCACUAGAAGAGGCGCGUGGGUGGCCAAGCGCGUUGGUCCCAACGGCAUGCCCAUCGACAUAUUCCUAGCCACGCGACUCAAGAACUACAUCCAGGGAAUCCUGCCCGAGUCUGUGAGCAACGACUACGUGGAGAACAUCCUCAACAGCUACUUCAACCACGAGGCUUACGGACUGAAGCCCAAGCACCGCUACAACGCGCAGCACCCGACAGUCAAUGACGCGCUUCCCAACCUCAUCCUCAGCGGCAAGGUUCGCGUCAAAAAGGACGUCGUUGAGUUCACCGAAGACGGCGUGCUCUUUGAAGGCGACGAGAAGGCGACCCUGCUGGACGACGUCAUCUUGGCCACGGGGUACCAGAUCAAGUUUCCUUUCCUGCCAAAGGAUGUGGUCUCGGUAGUUGACAACCAGGUGCAGCUGUACAAGUACGUCUUCCCGCCCCAACUCCGGCAUCCGACUUUGGCGUUGAUCGGUCUUAUCCAGCCUGUCGGCGCCAUAUUCCCCAUCGCCGAGUUGCAGAGCCGCUGGCUGGCCGAAUUGCUCUCCAACAAACGCUCGCUGCCCUCGGAAAAGGCCAUGUUCGAGGACAUCCGCAAGAAGCGAGAGUCCAUGCGGCACCGCUACGUCGCUUCGCCGCGCCACACGAUCCAGGUGGACUGGAUCAACUACAUGGAUGAACUGUCCAGCCAGAUCGGCGCGCGACCCAACAUCCUCAAGUACUUCUUCACGGACAACGAACUCUUCCGCGCGCUGCUCGGACCCUGCCUGCCGUACCAGUUCAGGCUCGAAGGUCCGCACUCGUGGCCCGGUGCGCGGCAGGCCAUCCUCGAUUCGCGCCACAGGGUGAUGUACCCGCUCAAUGACCGAUGCAAGUCCUUCAGCAAGAAGAAGGGCGCAUCGCCAUUCCUCUUCAUGUUCCUGUUCUUCUUUGUGUUGGCCGUUGCAUAUCUCCUUUCUGGAUUACGACAUCAUUCCUAGUUACUCCGCCCGUCUCUGGGUAUAAGGACUCCACAUGCAAACGGCUUUUGUCCGCGCCUGUUGACAUACGUGUCCCAACAAUAGGUGCCAGAUGCAGGCGAUAUCCUCUGUUCUAUGUUGAUGUGAACAAGGCACGCCUUGCACCAUAAACUCUGCAUACGGGCUAGUCGUGCACAUAGUGAUGCUGAGCUUACUGUUUACCGCGCAUUACUGCGUAAUAUCACGCAUUGUUUUGUUGAAAAUAAAG